CACGUGGCCGCGGAAGUGUCCGCGCUGCACGCUCCGCCUCCAAGAUGGCGGCGCCCAGUGCAGGGGCCCACGACCUGCCUCUGCUCAGGUUUGAGUUAUAACUCUGACUGAGUCUAUGGAGCCAUGGACCGGCCUGGGUUCAUAGCUUCGCUGGUGGCUGGUGGGGUAGCAGGUGUCUCUGUUGACUUGAUAUUAUUUCCUCUGGAUACCAUUAAAACCAGGCUGCAGAGCCCCCAAGGAUUUAAUAAGGCUGGUGGUUUUCGUGGAAUAUAUGCUGGCGUUCCUUCUGCUGCUAUUGGAUCCUUUCCUAAUGCUGCUGCCUUUUUUAUCACCUAUGAAUAUGUGAAAUGGCUUUUGCACACUGAUUCAUCUUCAUAUUUGCUGCCUGUGAAGCAUAUGUUGGCUGCCUCUGCUGGAGAAGUGGUUGCCUGUCUGAUUCGAGUUCCUUCUGAAGUAGUUAAGCAGAGGGCACAAGUAUCUGCUUCUUCAGGAACAUUUCAUAUUUUCUCUAACAUCUUAUGUCAAGAGGGCAUCCAAGGAUUGUAUCGAGGCUACAAAAGCACUGUUUUAAGAGAGAUUCCUUUCUCAUUGGUUCAGUUUCCCUUGUGGGAGUCCUUAAAAGCCCUCUGGUCCUGGAGGCAGGAUCAUGUGGUGGAUUCUUGGCAGUCAGCAGUCUGUGGAGCUUUUGCAGGUGGAUUUGCAGCUGCAGUCACCACGCCUCUGGACGUGGCAAAAACAAGAAUCAUGUUGGCCAAGGCUGGCUCCAGCACUGCGAGUGGGAACGUCCUCUCUGCCCUGCACGGGGUCUGGCGGACACAGGGGCUGUCGGGAUUAUUUGCAGGUGUCUUCCCUCGAAUGGCAGCCAUCAGUCUGGGAGGUUUCAUCUUUCUUGGUGCUUAUGACCAAACGCGCAGCUUUCUGUUGGAACUUGGCAGAGAGGACCCAUGAAUCAGAGGCGGCCCCUGCUUUCAAGAAAGGGUCCUGCUGUGAGAACUGUCUCCCUUCCGGUGAGCAGCUGUUCGGCCAUCUGAACAACAAAACACGGCGCUGAAGUCCAGUUCUGCUCAGAUUACCACACUGAGAGCGCAUCUUCCGUGCUACAGGCUGGCUGGGAUGACAUCAUCGGCCUGUGUGCCAGAGUUCAGAGAGAAAACGAUGUCCACAGCGGUACUUUGAACAAUUUUCUCAGAACCCCUUAAUAAAUAAGUGUGGCAACGCUGA